AUGCGCGGCGACCCGAAGCUCGACAGCCAGGCCCACCUCGUCAGCACAUCGCCCUCGCACCUCGGCUUCGGCCACGGCCAGCACGCGUGCCCGGGCCGAUUUUUUGCCGGAAACGAGCUCAAGAUUGCGCUGGCGCAUUUGCUGAUGAAGUUUGACUGGAAGUUGACGCCUGGAUAUGAGCAUCAGUGGCAGGAGUGGGGGUUUGCGUGGAAUUCGGAUAGUACGGCCAAAUUGUUGUUUAGGAGGAGGGAGGCUCCGGAGAUUGAUAUUGAUGCGAUUUGA